GGCAGCUCGACGUUCUCGUAUUGCUUUAGCAGCAAAGAAGUCUAGCUUAGCAGCAGAGGCAGCAGAGAGAAGAGUGUAGAGGAGAACACGAGUAAAGCUGAAGCAGGGUUCUAGGACUGGAAUAGAAAAAUCAUCAUGAAGGUAUUUUUCCUGUUGCUGGUGCUAACCAGUUCAACCGUUGCUGCCCCCCUGGAAGCCUCGGGUAGGCAAGAACACCCGACCCUGCCUUCCCAGGCUUCCACCAUAGCACCGAUCCAACCCGAGCCCAGGUCUCGCUUUGCCAUGCUGGACGAUGUUCGCCUACUAGCAAACGGCCUCCUCCAGUUAGGCCAGAGUUUACGAGAGUUCGUCCACAAGACCAAGGCACAGAUCAACGACAUCUUCCAAAAGCUCAAUAUUUUUGACCGCUCUUUUUACCAGCUCUCGGUCGUCACAUCAGAGAUUAAAGAGGAAGAGGAAGAGCUCAAGAAGACCACUAGCUUUUUGAAGGCCAACAAUGAGGAGAUCAAGAAUUUGUCACUGGAAAUCAACUCAAAGAUCAACAACAUCCUGCAGGAGCGCACACAACUGCAGAGCAAGGUGGGGAACCUUGAAGAAAGUCUGAAGGGCUUGUCGCAGAGCAUGGUCCCUGCCGAUCAGCUUAGUGAAAUCACAUCUCUCAAGGAAGUGAUUGAAGCUCAAGAUAAAACAAUUGCCAAUCUUCUGAAAGCUGUGAAGGAGCAACAUGAUCAGCUGGACUACCAGAAAAUAAAGAUUAAAAACCUGGAGGAAAAGCUCAGCUAUGAGAGUUUUCAAGAUACAGCUGAUAAACUAAUGGACUCUGACUACGAAACUCUUGAUAUGUUUGAAUAUCUGAAAGGAAACUCAACUGGCCUGGAAACAAGUGAUUUUCCCGUGGACUGCACUGACAUGUUUAACAAAGGAGAAACAAAUAGCGGUGUCUACGUUAUCAAACCAAACCAAUCAGAGCCGUUCAACGUUUUCUGUGAAAUGAGUUCAGAAGGGGGUUCAACAGUCAUCCAGCGCAGGGUUGAUGGUUCGGUGGAUUUUGAUCAGACAUGGGAAAAGUACGAAAAAGGUUUUGGAGAUCUGGAAAAGGACUUCUGGCUGGGCCUAAAAAAGAUUCACAGCAUUACACAGGAAGGCGUUUACAUCCUUCGCGUUGAUUUGGAGGACUGGAAGGAGGAAAAACACUGGGCUGAAUACCGCUUCUCACUGGAAGGUCCCUCCAAGGACUAUAGUCUUCGUGUCAGCCAUUUCUCAGGUGACCUGCCUGAUACCAUGGCCAACUGCACCGGCAUGAGAUUUGCCACGAAAGACAGAAACACCGACAGCAACCAAAACUCCAACUGUGCACGCAGCUCCACAGGUGGCUGGUGGCUCAAUGCUUGCGGUGAAGCCAACCUUAAUGCUAGGCAUGUGUGGCUCAGACCAAAGGGGCGCUUGAUGAGGAGGAAGGGCAUUCACUGGAGACCAACCACAGGCUCCUCAUACUCACUCAAGAUGACCAAAAUCUCCAUUCGACAAGCUUCAACUGCUGAUAUCUCCAACUGAGCCCCCUGUCCACACACUAUAUAAUACUAUUGGCUUUUUUUUCCAAUACACGGACAUCCAAAAAGUUCAACAGGAGGGGGAAGUGACAUAACACAGGCCUUCCAUAUGUCCAGUCUUAAUUCACCCACAACAUUGAGCAGAUUCCUCCCUAACAUUAUUCUGCCAUUGGCUAGUGCUCACCACCAGAUAGCAGAACAAAAAAAUGUCAGAAGUCAGCAAAUGCCGACCUGUUGCACCGUGGCACACAGGUUGUUAACCUACUGUGUCUGAUCCGACAAGGACAGAAAGCAGCAACUGUCAUUAUGCAACAUCUGUCAUCGCUUGCAAAACAGACAUAUUGAUCCACAUCAGCAACCUAAUUCAGAAUUGAUUGCAAAGCAAUACAUUGCAGUUGUAUAACAGCAAAUGAGGUUUCUGAGAAUAGACUACAAUUUUGAAACCCACACUGCUUAGCAACCAUUAAGGUGAACUUGGAUACAUUUAUGACAACAACAAAACAAGGUAUUUUAAAGUAUGUUUGAAAGAACUACAUGUUCAAAGUGGCUAAAGGGACAAAUACCAACAGAUUACUACAUAAAGCAUGCAAGUUAUGCAAGUCAAGGUAAAAAGAUCAUCUCCUGCUUCUGAAAAAAGUCCACUACAAAUUGGCUACAGUGUAACUGUAACUAGUCAAAUUCAGUAGAACACAUUGAGGAUAGAAAGCUUUAGACAGCGCACUGAUUUUUCUUUUUCUUAUUCUUUUAUAUUUUUUUUAUUCUGUAUUUAAACUAUGAUAUGAUAUGAUUUAUGCAGGUACCGCUAGAAAAUUAUAAUUUCUGUGUAUUUCCUACAUUAUUGAGUCAUAUUGACUUUUGCUCAUUAUUACAAAAUAACCAACUGUACUGUAAAGUUUCUCAUACUAACACAUCACUGUGAGAAGCAGGUUUGUGUGCUAAAAUCAUAUUUAUGAGGCCAAAAAUAAAUCUACCUGUAUAAAAACAAAACAAAGGUACUAUUUCUUUGUUUAAUUUUGUCUUGAACCAAAUGGAGUUAAAUAAGUAAAGAGGACAUGUUGAAAGGUUGACACACUAAUGAAAAUGAGAUCUAAGGAAUAAAACCACUGUAAAAAAAGCAAAAACUUUGAUCCCAGAAAACCACUGUAAACAAAUCCACUUAACUCAGUUCGGCUAACUAUCAGUCACAGGCCAAUUGCAUCUGCAGACAGUCAGGCCCUGUCAGCACCUGUCUGGUAAUGUCUGGAUGUAAUCACCUAAUAUCGGUCUAUCAAAAUAUACUGCUCAAAGAAAAAAAAAAAAGAACAAACUGAAAAUCUUUACUGAUAUAGACUCAUGUAACAAUAGUAAAUUCAUACUUCAUGUAAUCCCUUGAUGUUUUCAGCAGUACAACAUUGUAUGCUAACAUAAAAUGUUCUGGAUGGAACACAAAACAGAAAAAAUGGCAGGUGUAAUUUUUAAAAUACUCCUCACAUAGUUUAUACUGCACAGUAAUAUAAAUCCUGUCAAAACUGUUUCAUAUUUUCUAAUUAUUAUUAAUAAUUAUUAUUAAUUUAUUUUAACCCUUAAAUAAUCCCUUUUUUUUUUAAUUCACUUUAGCUUCAAUUAGUUUCCAGAUUGGAAUUUCUUGUUUCACUUCAGUUUUUAUUGUUUGAAAAUGUUAAGUUUUACUUCAUUUUUGAUUAAUUUCAGCGUUAGUUUUGGUCUUUAAAAUUAUUACUGAAUAAAGGGCAAAUGUCAGAGGCCAAGAUUGAGGAAAAUCAGAAAAUGUAUUAAAAUAAAAACACACUUUUUAACUGCGAGUUGACUCACGGCCUUGUAGACACUGCAGGUCUCAAUAAACACAUCCAUCAAUAAAAUACAUUUUUUAACCAGUGAGCUAAAGAGUGAAGUAGUAUUUAGAUGUUAAGUUAAGUACAAACUGGUUUGUAAUUCAUUUUUUGUGUAAUCUCGAUGUCAA